UUCCAUGAAUUUUUUUUGGCCAUUCGUCUUUCCUCGUUUCACCUCUCCACGACAGAUUUCUCCAAAAAAAGAAAAAGAACUAGGGUUUCCUUUAUGGCGAUGAAGAGAGAGUUCGAAAGCAUGGCCAUGGCGAACUGCCUGAUGCUGCUCUCGCGCGGGGUCGAGUUCGAGUCCGUCGUGGACCACUCGAUGCCGAGCCGAGUCUUCGAGUGCAAGACCUGCAACCGGCAGUUCUCGUCGUUCCAGGCCCUCGGCGGGCACCGGGCCAGCCACAAGAAGCCGAGGCUGUCCUCCGCCGGCGGCGACGACUCGUCCCAGUCGCAGGGGUCGGCCUCGCCCGCGAAGCCGAAGACGCACGAGUGCUCGAUAUGCGGCCUCGAGUUCGCGAUCGGGCAGGCCCUGGGGGGCCACAUGAGGAGGCACCGAGCCGCGAUGAGCGAGGGGGCCCGGACGGCGACGGCGACGGCGACGGCGGCGGCGAUGGCUCCUCCCCCUCGUCCUCUGGCGCAGAUCUCGGCGGUGUCGCCGGCUUCGCAGGCGCCGGUGGUGAAGAAGACGAACAGCGGGAGGGUGCUGUGGCUGGACCUGAACCUGACGCCGAUGGAGAACGAGAGCGACCUGGAGUUUCGUUUAGGGACGAAGACGCCGGCUCCUCCUCCCGUCAUCGACUGUUACGUCGUAUAGUUGAUUACCGUACCUAGAUCGCACAUACAUGAUACAUACGUAGACGACACGGUCUGUAGAGCCUUUUUUGCUCAGAUUUUUUUUUUUUGGCGAUGGAUCUCCUGUGGAUAUUUCGGUUCGUUUAUUCAAUUUUCAUAGUGAUAUUUCAUUCAAA